AUGUGUGGCGGUACACUGGAGACCAUUCCUUGCAGCCACGUGGGCCACAUCUUCCGCGCACGCUCUCCCUACUCCUGGCGUGUGAACACCUCCAAUCCGCUGCGUCACAACCUCCUUCGUUUGGCUGAGGUCCUUCUGGAUGACUACAAGUACUUCUACUUUGCAAGGGUCAACUUCCAAACGGUAGGGCGCACCUAUCGGCUCUUCCCCUUGCUUCUCUCUCUGUCUCUGUCUGGUCUUCCCCAAACACCCGGAUUUCCCACACAGCGCCCCCCGCACACACACCAUUCAUCUUCAUAA